AGAUCCCUUUAAAGUCUGUCUAAGCGAGGGGGGACCUUGAUGUCAGCGGAGGUGCGACGCUGUGUGUUUCCUCGCGAUACGAGGCUUUAAGUCGCGAACAAAAGAUUAUUGAUAUAUUACAAGAUAACGGUCAAAAGAGCAGCUAUUUAGACCUGCAUGAACAAAACCCGACAAUUACGCGAUGUCAAAUCAUACUGUUCCUACAACUGACGUACAAAUCUCGCGAGAGGUUGUCUGUAACGCAUGUGAAUUCUUGCCGAUAUUUGACUUAUUAGGAAAUGGAAGUAAAAUAUUAAGACUCUGGUCGCAAAUAUGGGUAAAAGUUGUAGCGGAUAUCAUUUCGAAAAUGGGGAUCUAUUUCUGCUAUUUGCAUCGGUGUAAAUUUUCAUGAUGGAGCCGGACAUGGUCGAAAAGAAGGAAAAUGAUAUAAAGGAACUAAGCGCCGCGGAGGAAGAUGUUGAUGUGAAGACUUCCGGUGGACAUCAUUCGACUCCGGAAACGUCCGAAAAGAAAAAGAAAGUCGGCAGUUACAUACUAGGAAAAACCCUCGGGGAAGGAUCAUUUGCCAAAGUUCGUCAAGGCAUCCAUUUAAUAGCACAUGAAAAGGUGGCCGUGAAAGUUGUGUCAAAGAAGGCCCUGUUGGUCCGUGAGUUUGUCCGUAAGAACGUCAGGCGUGAGGCCAUUGUCUUACAGAAGUUGUCCCAUCCGAACAUCAUCCGGAUGUAUGAGGUGAUGGAAACUGAGAAUUCAUAUUACCUCGUUCUGGAAUACGCUGACUGCGGGGAGUUCAUCAAGUACCUGUCCAUCAAAAAAUGUCUACCGGAGUCCGAGUGCAAGAAAUACGCCCGGCAGAUAGUGUCUGCAGUGGACCACAUGCACGUAUCAAACAUCAUACACAGGGAUUUGAAAUUAGAAAAUUUUCUUCUUGAUGGAAAUUUGGAUAUCAAAAUAAUUGACUUCGGCCUGAGUAACGUGUUUUACGGCGAGACCUCGCUGUCCACUCAGUGUGGGUCCCCCGCCUACGCCGCCCCCGAAAUCCUCAACAACCAGAAGUACGGACCCGCCGUGGACGUCUGGAGCAUAGGGGUGUGUCUGUUCGGCAUGCUCGUUGGCUCCCUUCCGUUCGUUCCCCAGCCAGCGAACAACAUCGCCCAGCUUCAUUCUCUGAUACUGAAGGGAUGUGUGAUCCCUGAUACCCUGAGUGAAGAAUGCAGGGAUUUACUUCAAACAAUGCUAACAGCCGAACCCAGACGCAGAAUAAAAAUAGAGGAGGUUUUGGGACAUCCCUGGCUCUUGGGAGAAAAUGAGGAACCUGUAUUUCGGCAGUCGACAGUUGCAAAUCUUCUUCCGCUUGUGCCACAAGCGUCUGUGAUAAAUUACAUGACAAAGAUGUUUGAUUUCAAGGAGAGUGAAGUGUUGAACGCCCUCGGUGAACGUAAAGUGAAUUCAAUAGCCGCGACGUACUAUCUGCUGAAGAAAAGAUUCGACUCCGGGCUACACUUAGUGAGUUUUCCUCAAGGAAUGAGAAAUCAUAGACGGGAGUCUUCCUUCUCUACAUUCAGCAUUGAACUUAAUAGCAGAAACACGACAUCAUGCCCAACGAAAGACCAGCGAGGGGAGACUACUGAAACAAAGAAAGUUACAUCGGGUGAAAUCAAACACAAUAACUAUAGGAGCUAUCUGCAGUACUUGAAAGUGUCCAGGGAGAGGACAAAUGCUUUCUCCAAGAACAUUUUCCUACGACGACAGAAAACGCGAAGCUCGCUCAUGAGAUCGUAUAACAAAGUAGAAAAGAACGAUAACUCUGUUCCCGAUCUCAUCACAUCAGAAUCCACAAAACCCGAUUUUAGACUUACCUAUACCCCUAUUCAUGCCGAUGCUUUGUUUGAAUGGGAUAAAGAAGGUUUGGUAAGGAGAGAGCAGAAGAGGAUGAGACCAAAACCACUGGAGACAUUUUGUAAAGAAAAGCCAAAACUUCCAAAUAGUCAAAACUUGCAAAUUUUACCAAUGAUGGUAACCGGUGACAAAAAACGCAGUCAUAUCGUAUAUUCUCCUCCCCCUCCUCCAAAUACGUCUCUAGGCAUGCGUGAUCUAACACCGCCGAAUACGUCACACGGCCGGAGAGCUUCACGAGGAAUAACUCUUGAUGAUGUUUCAGAAAAUCAGACAGAAUUCUACACUCCAACCCCACCAAGGACCGCGCCUUCAUUAAACUCCAGAGCCAGUAUUUCUAUAUUAAGUCCAAAACAAAAUUCAGAAAUAGAAAAUGUGGGAAAUAAUUCUGACGACGAAAAGCCUGAUCUUGCCUUAGUCCUGGCCGACCCCUGCUCACAGGAAAUAUGGGGGUCUUUUCAGAAACACAAAGCUAAAUUGAUAAAAAGUGGAGCAAUAUCUUUGAAACGGUCUAAAACUGUGUAUGCCAACCCGAUUUCGUCUCAAAAAAUGUUGACUCCUAGAGACCAGAAAGCUUUAGAAGACGGGAAUAAGACACAGAUUGUUGGUAAAGGACGCCUUCUUCUAGAAAGAAGUUCUACUCGGAUAAGUGUCGGUUUCUCAGACUUCCAGAAACCAACUACCUAUACUCCAGAAUACAUCAAACCAAACACCGCAAUCGGCACUGCGAGACAGGAGUUACCAGAAGUGAUUGGUUCCGCAAAAUCUCGAGCCCGAUCGGAAAUUAUUGACCUUGAUAGAAAAGCUGUACCGAAGUUACCGCAAAUGACAAUUGGGCCGAUACGACAAGAAAGAGAGCCCGAGAUAGAAAUCCCCGAUAUGCCCCCGUCGCCUGACGCCUAUGAACGUCUUAUUGUGGAAGAUGAAACUCCAAUGAUGCGCAUCAGAAUCACGAGUUCAUUAAAACACUAAUCAUCGAUAUAAUUCUCAUCAGAAUCACGAGUUCAUUAAAACACUAAUCAUCGAUAUAAUUCUAAAUCUACUGUGCACUUUAUUUAGACAAAUGACUUAAUAAAUUCCAUGUUCCACUUUU